GAGUGAGACCUCUCGUCAUAGAGGAUCUCUGGCUGCCAAUAACUUCCUGCAGCUCGCUCUGCUCUCUGUCACUUCACUCUGAACAUGUUGAAGUUCAGGAGCUCCUCACUGAGAUCAGCUGCUGUCCUGGUCUCACCAGCUGCUGCUGCUGCUCAGCCUCGUGUGCGCCUCUCUACUGGCCCCCAGCAGAAACACACAACCUUCUAUGAGUUCCGCACCUACAGCAUCCGUCCAGACCAGAAUGCCGCCUUCCUCAAACUGACCAAUGAAAAGAUCCACCUGCGCACCGCCCACUCAGAGCUGAUUGGCUACUGGACCGUAGAGUAUGGCGGCCUGAACAAGGUCUUCCACAUAUGGAAGUAUGACAGCUACGCUCAGCGAGCAGCGGUUCGGGCAGCCCUGGCUCAGGACCCCUCCUGGAUCUCAGAGUACAUCUCCAAGGCGAUGCCGAUGCUGACAUCUCAGGACAACGAGGUCACUUACCUGGUUCCCUGGAGCCACCUGCAGAAGCCCCCACAGGAGGGUGGCGUGUACGAGCUGGUUUCCUUCCAGAUGCAUCCCGGCGGUCCGGCGGUUUGGGGCAACGCCUUCCAGGCUGCCGUCACCACCCAUGAUGCACCGGGGUACGGCAAGCUGGUGGGAGCUUUCAGCAGCGAGUUUGGCCUGCUUAACAGAGUUCACGCCCUCUGGUGGUUUGAGAGCGCUGACCAGCGAGCUGAAGUUCGACACAAAGCGCACACUGACGCCAGAGUGGUCGCUGCAGUCAGAAACAGCGUCAUCCAUCUGGACUCUCAGGAGAACAAACUCAUGUUCCCGUGUUCCUUCUCGCCGCUGAAGUAACUUCCUGUGUGAAACUAAUCCUUACCUGCUGCACCUGACUGACUAUAAGCACCGCCCCUUUCUCUGGAUGAACCAAUUACAGCUCAGCAUGGAUUUCCUGCCGCCGUCCUUCGUUAUUGAUUUCACAUCAUGAGAAACAUUAAUGCUCAGAUUUAGUCUCUGACUGACGGCAGCAGCGUCCAAUCCUGUGGUCUUGAUGUUGGACGUGGGCGGGGCCUGAUGUACUAAUGACUGAAUAAUAAAUGAGACAUGAAAAUUUUU